GUAAAAACGAAGAAGAGGCAGCAGCACAAAGAAGAAGCUACUACAGAAAACUGGAGAGAAGCAAAUUAAAUGGCAUCAUUGAAUGCCUCUGAAGAUCAUCUUCCUCAACAAGAACAAUUACCACAAACGUCUUAUACGGGUGAAGGCAACAGUAGUUUGUAUACAACUUCUGGAGUUAGUUCUGAAUUGGGUUGGUAUGUGCUUGCACAAGAUCAGCAGCAACUAGGCCCAUAUACAAUAUCUGAAUUGCGUGAGCACUACUCUGCUGGAUACCUACUGGAGAGUACACUAGCAUGGUCGGAAGGAAGGAGUGAAUGGCAACCACUUUGCUCGAUUCCUGGAUUGCUGACUGAUGUACCUGAGCAUAGCACUGGUGGUACAAAUUCAGUUCCUUUGACUUCUAAUGAUCCAUUUGAUGAGUAUGAAAAGUUUCAAAAGGAAGUGAAAGAGGCAGAGGACGAGCAAGCAGUCGAUGAGGAUCAAAGGCCUUCAACUCCUCCAGAUGGUGAAGAUGAGUUCACUGAUGAUGACGGAACUAGGUACAAAUGGGAUAAAGCUCUUAGAGUGUGGGUACCUCAGGAAGAUCCAACCGAGAAAACUGACUAUCGUCUAGAAGAUAUGACUUACGCUGACGAGGAGGAACUUUUCCCUACAUUGCCCGCUGACAUUUCUUCUGGAAAUGAGAACAAGAAAAUGGAUAACACUGAGGCUGAUAAGAAUGCUCCAGAUUCAAUUGAAACUGCCACAGCAACACAUAAUGGCAAGAGAAAACUGCCUGAAAAAGAAGAGCCUGAAAAAGCCGCUGAAAAGAAGGAAGCGAAUAAACCUCCUGAUAGCUGGUUCGAAUUAAAAGUCAAUACUCAUGUCUAUAUUACAGGCUUGCCAGAAGAUGUCACUGUUGAUGAGGUGGUUGAAGUCUUUUCAAAGUGUGGGAUCAUAAAGGAGGAUCCGGAAACACAAAGGCCUCGAGUGAAGAUUUAUUUUGACAAAGAAACUGGAAGGAAGAAAGGUGAUGCACUUGUUACAUAUCUUAAGGAGCCUUCAGUUGAUCUAGCCAUUAAAAUUUUGGAUGGUGCACCUUUUCGGCCAGGCGACAAAAUUCCUAUGACAGUUACACCAGCAAAGUUUGAGCAAAAAGGGGAGAGGUUCAUACCCAAGAAAUCAGACAAGCACAGAAAGAAGAAACUCCAAAAAGUUGAGCAGAAGAUGCUUGGCUGGGGUGGUCGGGAUGACUCAAAGAUAUUGGUUCCAGCUACUGUUUUGCUUCGCUACAUGUUCACACCAGCUGAAUUGCGGGAGGAAGAGAAUUUAUGUUCUGAGCUACAGCAAGACGUCCAAGAGGAAUGUUCAAAGUUUGGUCCAGUGGACUUGGUAAAGGUGUGCGAGAAUCAUCCACAAGGGGUUAUUUUGGUCAAAUUUAAGGAUAGACGGGAUGCACAUAGGUGCAUUGAGUCGAUGAAUGGACGCUGGUUUGCUGGUAGGCAAAUCCAUGCUAGUGAGGAUGAUGGAUCUGUUAACCAUGCUUUAGUCCGAGAUAUAGAUGAAGAAACUGAUAGAUUGGAGAAGUUUGGAGCUGAACUUGAAGCUGAUUCAUAGAUGUGGAAAUAGUAGCAACACUUAUUUUUGCUUGCUAUACAUCCCAUAUGUCUAUGCAACUCUUUGAAUACGAAUCCGUUUUCUGAAAGAUUCUGACUGCCAUACUUUGGUGAGAACUCCAAUGUCUUGCAAAAAGUGGUGAUAGGCGCUGACCUCGUGGCAUGCCAACUAGAUUUGUAAUCGCAAGUAAUGGGUCAUCUCCUAGUUUUCUUUGGAGUACAUGUAACAUGAUCAAUUGGAAUGAGAAAAUAGUCUUUUCUUGGUGAAGUGGAGUGGAACUUUCUCUAGCACUUUAACUUUCGGACGUGACGUGCUUUGUAAGUAUCGUAGCUACAAAAAUUUGUUCGAUGAUCACUUGUUUUCACUU